AAAAUUUUAAGAUAUAAGUAGAAUAAGAAGCAUAAUCCCAUUAUCCUACCCACCCAAAAUUGGGAGCAAAUCGAAAAACCCUAGCCGGCUGGUGAAGGCUUAAACCCAGAAUUAGGUUAACGGCAAUUGCAGAACAGAAGCAACGUUGUGACCUUGAAAGUUAAAACUCAGACAUGGUUUGGUUUCAAUGUGAAGUUUGUGGAGACAACCUCAAAAAGCCUAAGUUGGCCAGCCACUUCCGAACUUGCUCCGCUCACAAAUUGUCGUGCAUUGACUGCGGGGAAAUAUUUGGGCGUGAUACCGUUCAAGAUCACACACAGUGUAUUACGGAAGCGGAAAAGUAUGGUCCUAAGGGCCAAGGGAAAACUUUGAACGUUGCAACUGCCAAGCCUAACCAGGAUAACAAGCAAAGAGCUGAAGUUGAUAUUAAUGUGGGGUUAUCUGAGCAUCCUCCAUGGUUCUGCAGUCUUUGCAAUACAAAAGCUACAAGUAAGCAAACACUUCUUCUCCAUGCUGAUGGAAAGAAACACAGGGCAAAGGCCCGAGCGUUUCAUGCUGCAAAUCAACAGCCUUCCCGGACAGACAAAUCUGCCCCUGAUGCAAAGGUUGCUGUGGGGACUCCUAAUAAUGACAAAAUUGGGGAGCUGCCAAAAUUGCACGAGUCUUCUAAACAAAAUAACUCAAACACAGGGAAUGAAAUUUCUUCAGCAAAGAAAAAGAGAAAGCUUGAAGCGUUGGAGGAUGACCUUAUUAAACAAGGCAAGAAUGACACUUCAGUUGACAUGGGAAAUGGGGAAGUAAUUCAGGGUGAAGCAACUGGAGAGAGCAACUUGAAGAAAGAAGGCAUAGUGGAAUCUCACUGUACUAGUGCUGUCAAAAACAAAAUAAAAUGGAAGAAGUUUAUCAAGUCAGCCUUGAAAUCUCAUCCUGAUGGAAUUUUGAAGAUGAAGAAACUGAGAAAAGUUGUCCUCAAAGAACUGCAGGAGUCUGGAAUUGUAGUGGAUGAAGCUGAAUUUAGUGAGGCGCUUGAGAAGAAGAUCAAUUCCAGCUCCAGAUUUGCAAUUGAGAACAAGUAUGUGCGUUUGCUGGCCAAAGAUUGAGCUCCAUGGAAAUUUUCGUGAUUCUAUUGUGGUUUGGUAGACAUUCAUUCAUAAAAAAAUUAAAUCUCCUUAUAGAAAAAUUUUGUGAACGAGAAUACGGUACUGUUGCUUUGUGCAAAUAUUCAAUUAUUAUCAUCUUGCAGAAAAACCAAAGAAAACAUCGAGGCAGAGAAAUUUGUGUGGUUAUAAUGUUGAGUCAUAAGCAAUUGUAGAAUUUGCGAAACAUGCGUGUUCUUAAACGUGACCUUGCUCUCCUAUAUGAACGCUAUGAUGAGUUUAUCAAUCAAGGUGUACUUUUUCUUAGUAAACAAAAUCAUUAUGUACUUUUAAGUUGAGGGAGUUCCAUUUAAAUUAUUGUAUUCGACACAUCUCUAGCGUCUGUAAUAUGAUAUUUCCUAUGUAUAUAAUAAACGAGAAGGGUAGGAUGAACAUUUGUUCAAAAUUAGUUUUCAAGGGUGGUAAUUUCCCCGCCUUCCUAGUUCCUUCCAAUUAAAU